AUGGCCACUAUCCGCCAGCCAUUCGCCCCUCUCAAUGGGUCACGUCUUCAGAACUUGACCAGCCUGAAGAACAGACAGAAUGCAACUCCCUCUCCAUCUUCCACAAAGCGGAAAGCCGCCGAGACAGUGGACACUGAUGACUCUGAGAAUGUUGAUCCCAUGCUCUUCUCCAAACGCCUCAAGGGCAGCAAUGACGGCUUGUCCAAGGACUCGUUCAUCAAGCCCUCCAAUUUUAUCCUCACAAAAUCUGCAAGCACCCAUGACAUCUCUGCUUCGUCAAGGUUUAGCUCUCCGCGCCCACGCUCAAUACUGAACCCCAAGUCUCCCGUGGCUAGACUCAGCACGGGCAUCGUCAAGUCUUCGCCACUGUCGGCGCCUGCUGGUCGUUCUCCUACGCGAGGGAAGAAGAAUGGUCUUCUGUCAUCCUCGCGGCGACGGACAGCUGGGCCUUACAGCCGUGUAGACCCUCCUGCUUUUGGUCUCUCGUCCAAGUCUGCUGCUCCCUUCUCCCUUGAUGCUGCGCUGAAGGGUACACUUUCGAGCUACGCUAGCCGCGAGACUUCGUCGGCAACAAUCUCCACCUCGUCGAGCACUUCACUGGGUUUGAACGAGCUACAUGAGGGCGAGAUGAAGUCGUCGUGGUUCUUUGAGAUCCACGAAGACACUGCCGAGCAGGAGAUGACCAACCUGCUACAGCACAGCACUUGCGUCCUCGAUAUCAGCUCCGAUGAGGAGACCGAGAGCCGCAGGCAGCGCGAGCGUGCCGAAGGCAAGGAGAACGUGCCACCCGCUGACGACGUCUCGCAGACGUCGCGGCCACGUGCUGCUCGACAAGCAGCAGAUGCGGACGGCAUGGUCUUUGAAAAGGAGAGAAGCCCACUCGGCGAGAUGAACGUUCGCGACUACUUUUCUGAGGGCUGUGAUGAGAACUCAGUCAUUAUUGUCCCUGGCGACGAUGAGGAGGUCGCGCAGCAGCCCCAAGUCGAGGCCGAGCUCGUGUCUGUGCUGGCUGAUGCUUCUACGAGCAACGAGCCAUUACCAGCGCCAUUCGUCCCUUCUGCCGAUGAAGGCGUCCCUGCCGUCGUCGUAGGGGCGGCCGUUGAGGAGCAAGGUGUCAAGACUGCCGAGGAGUUGAUGCAGAAGGUCGAGGAGCCCGCGCCAUGCGCUGCCGUGCUGGAGCCAAUAGAAGGGACAGGAGAGAGCUUUGAGCUGUGGGAGAGUGGCAGCGCGAAAGACGAGACAGAACAAACCCUCGGGUGCUGA